AACCUGUCAAGAAAAGAAAGACGAAGCGAGAGGUUGGUUGGGAAGAGGUGAAGGAGAGAGUAGUCAGCAGUAUAAAAAUCGCGAAUACAAGGGAGGUAUUCGCGGAGUGUGUAUAGCGGGAGUCUACAGGCCAAAAAAAAGGAAAAGAACAGAAAAAAGUAUUUUUUACGCGUAGAAAUUAAGAGCUAUUGCGGUUGUCGAAGUCGUUGUUACCUCUCACUCCCUCUCCCUCUCUCUCUCUCUCUCUUUCUCACUCGUCAAGACUCGCGAGGAUUUCAACAAAUCGUUUCGCUUUAAACUUUGGCUCGCGAACAAUUUUUUAUUUUAAGUUUCCUUUUUUUCUCGGAGUGUGCGUGCUCGGAGUAAAAGUUUCUUCGCGCCUGUGUGUCGAGUGUGCAUUUCUCGCAUUGUGUUUGUGCGCCUCGUCCGGAUUAACGGCGAAGAGGAGAAAGAGAGAGGGAGAGAGAGAGUAAAGAAAAGAAAGAAAGGAAGGAAAAAAACAGUGCGAUCGAGUUUCGUGAAGGCGAUCGAGACCUACUGUCCCGUUGGUCCGGGCUCUGACUCUCUCACUCUCUCCGCCUCGCGAGAAAAUCUCGUGUCCCGAAUUGUGUAAAUCGCCACUACGUGUACGACGCCGAGGCGCUUGUUAUGUCGCGGUAAACAUCGCGAGAGAUAUCGUAGCGCCAAGUAGUUAGAAGAACGAAACGCUGAUCGGACGGUCGAAAAGACACAAGAUGUCGGGUCACAGAGGAGGCGGAGGAUCCGGCAGUCAUCAAGGUGGCCCGCCUGGCCUUAAACAAAUUGAUCUUGACCAAAUUUGGGGCGAUCUGAAAGAGGGCAUCGAACAAGUCUACAACAGACAAUGCAUGUCCAGACCCAGAUACAUUGAAUUGUACACACACGUUUAUAAUUAUUGCACGAGCGUACAUCAGCAGAUAACAAGGACAUCGACAAAGAGCAAGAAGGGCGGUCAAGUAUCGGGCGGUGCUCAGCUCGUUGGUCUUGAGCUCUACAGACGCCUUCGCGAUUUUCUCAGGAAUUAUCUCAUAAGUUUACUCAAGCACGGAAAUGAUUUGAUGGACGAAGACGUGCUGCAGUUUUACACGAGACAAUGGGAGGAAUAUCAGUUCAGUAGUAAAGUGCUGAACGGUGUUUGUGCAUAUUUGAAUCGUCAUUGGGUACGCCGAGAGUGCGAGGAAGGGCACAAAGGCAUUUACGAAAUUUAUCAACUUGCGCUUGUCACGUGGCGUGACAAUUUGUUCAAACAUUUAAAUCGACAGGUCACCAAUGCCGUUUUGAAGUUAAUCGAGCGUGAGAGAAACGGUGAGACGAUAAACACUCGGCUCGUAAGUGGCGUUAUUAAUUGUUAUGUCGAGCUUGGUCUCAACGAGGAAGAUCCAACCGUGAAAGGCCCCAAUCUGACCGUCUACAAAGAAUCUUUUGAAAAUGUUUUUCUUGAAGACACCGAAAGAUUUUAUACCCGCGAGAGCUCUGAAUUUUUGCGACAAAAUCCCGUUACUGAGUACAUGAAAAAGACGGAGCAGAGGCUGCUGGAAGAGCAGAAGCGCGUUCAAGUUUAUCUUCAUCAAACAACCAAUGAGCGUCUUGCGAAAACGUGCGAGCGUGUACUUAUCGAGAAGCAUCUCGACACAUUUCAUUCGGAAUUUCAGAAUCUUCUCGAUUCUGACAAAAACACCGAUCUCGGAAGAAUGUACCUUUUGGUUGCGAGGAUAUUGAACGGUCUUGGUGAGCUGAGAAAUCUUCUCGAGAGUCAUAUAGCGAAUCAGGGACUUACGGCGAUCGACAAAUGCGGCGAUUCGGCUGCUAACGUAAGUCAAAACUUUUAUGAUCCAAAAGUCUACGUAAACACGAUUCUGGAAGUUCACAAAAAAUACAAUGCUCUGGUGCUCGUCGCUUUUAACAACGACAGCGGCUUUGUUGCUGCGCUUGACAAAGCUUGCGGACGAUUUAUAAACAGCAAUUCUGUCACAAGAGCCGCAAACAGUAGCAGCAAAUCUCCUGAACUGUUGGCCAAGUAUUGUGACUUAUUGCUCAAAAAGAGUAGCAAAAAUCCUGAGGAAGCUGAACUCGAGGACACCCUGAAUCAAGUCAUGGUCGUUUUUAAGUACAUCGAGGACAAGGACGUUUUCCAAAAGUUCUACAGCAAAAUGUUGGCGAAACGUUUGGUUCAGCACAUGUCAGCGAGUGACGACGCGGAAGCUUCGAUGAUCUCGAAAUUGAAACAAGCCUGCGGUUUCGAAUACACGUCCAAACUUCAACGCAUGUUCCAAGAUAUUGGCGUCUCGAAAGAUCUAAACGAGCAAUUCCGAAGACAUCUAACAAAUUCUGCGGAACCUCUGGACAUAGAUUUCACGAUACAAGUGCUUUCUUCAGGCUCAUGGCCGUUUCAACAGUCCUUCACAUUUUCUUUGCCAACAGAGUUGGAAAGAUCCGUACACAGGUUCACAACUUUCUACAGUUCACAGCACAGCGGUAGAAAAUUGAAUUGGUUGUAUAACAUGUCAAAGGGCGAAUUACUGACGAAUUGUUUCAAAAAUCGUUACACGCUCCAAGCUUCGACUUUUCAAAUGGCUGUUUUGCUGCAAUAUAACGUGGCGACGUUGUGGACGAUACAACAAUUGCACGAAUCGACUCAGAUUAAAAUGGACUUUUUGCUUCAGGUUAUUCAAAUUCUUUUGAAAGCUAAACUAUUGACUGCGGCGAUCGACGACGAGGCUGAGCUUACGUCGCUUUCUACGGUCGAGCUUUUCACCGGUUACAAGAACAAAAAAUUGAGAGUUAAUAUAAACGUACCAGUUAAAACGGAGCUGAAAAUCGAACAAGAAACAACUCACAAGCACAUAGAAGAGGAUCGUAAGCUUUUGAUACAAGCUGCUAUUGUGAGGAUCAUGAAAAUGCGUAAGGUCCUUAAGCAUCAGCAGCUCGUUGCCGAAGUCUUGAAUCAAUUGAGUUCUAGAUUUAAGCCACGGGUCCACGUUAUUAAGAAAUGUAUAGAUAUUUUAAUUGAAAAGGAGUAUCUGGAACGCACCGAGGGACAGAAGGACACUUACAGUUAUCUGGCGUGAUCUGCCGAUCCGAGAAAUCAGCAAGUAAUGAAAAACGAAGAUCGAUUAAUCGGCAGCGAAAUUCCGCUAGUGCAACGUGAUAAACAAAUCCCGGAAUUGCUUAAAAUUUGCUGCUGCGGUAUGCGAGAUCGUUGCAAUUCCAAUUGCCGGAUAAAUGGCGAGAGAUCAAGAUAAAGCUUAGAAAUAAAUGGAGAAUGAGUGAGAUCGAGUGACUCGCGAGGACGAGAGAGAGGGAGAGAGAAAAAUUACAGCACGAGCAACGAGCAAGUAAAACGUAAUGAAUUGAUAAACGAAACGAAAGGAAAAUGUUGCUGAACACGUCACAAUAUAUUUAUUUAUGUCCCGAACAAUUACUGUAUUUUGUGCGUGAAAUAUCGCCCAUUUCGCGUCUCUUAUAUCGAUCAAUUUAGUACGUGAAAAGUAUGGCAAAAGAAAACAAACAAAAAGAAACAUCAACAACACAAAAUUGAAAAAAAAAAGACAGUUUUUUUAUAAUAUGUUAAUAAAAACAAAACAAACAAACGAAAAAAGAAAAAAAAAAUACAAAAACAAUUGACACGAUUUGUGAAUCGAUUUGAACGUCUUUGCAAAAUUUCUAGGUGAUUAUUCAACGAGGAAUGUUAAGAAAUUUCGUGUUUUUUUCUUUCCUUCUUUUUCAUCUCUCAACACGUUUUUAUUCAGGAAACGUCGAUUUUUCCAUUUCUUUUAUUCGCUUUAUUUUGUUGCCCAUUUUAUUAUAUUCACUGAUAUCGCGAAUCGGUAGGAAAAUACGAACAACGCCAAUCUCGAAAUACGUUUACUUUUUUCUUCAUUGAUAUACGUGAAGGGGAGGAACGAAAGAUACAGAGUUAUCGAUAAAUUAUUGAUUAAUCAUUGCGGACUCGAUUAUUGUUUCUUUGUCCAAACGAAUAUUGUUCCGGUUCGAAGAAUUACCGUUUCUUUUUUACUUGUUUUUAUGUUAGUCGCUAUUUUCGAAAUCGCAGAGUGCAAUAAAGAUAAGAAGAAAAAACAAAAGUGCAGUUAGAAUGAGCAGUGUAUCUAAAAAAUAAGAAAUCAAUAAGAGAAAAAAACAUUGAUUUUUCGGCUCUUCGGAUUUUUGAGGAAAGAAAAAACACAAAUUUACGAUUAACAAUUAUUUAAAAAUGCGGUUCUUAAUCGAAACACAAUAAAUCAGACUGACUGACAAUGGAUUGUCGUAGCGGUUCAGCCUGUAAUUUCGGCCUGAGACUGAUUUCCCAGGACUCGUGUAAAUAAAUUAGAAAAGAAAAUACUCGUUCGAAACCUGCUAAAUCUAAAGAAACAAUCGUUUUAUCUACUUUUAUAUACAUCUCUCUCUCUCUCUUUUUUUUUGCACCCUCUUUUCACGUUUCCUCCGGACUCCAGUCCAAAAUCUUGGAAAAUUCUUCUUUCGUCAAUUCAAUUUGCCUGCUCGCUUCGAGAAAUAUCUGAAAAUAAUUGUUUAUCUUUUAUUCUCGUUUCGUGAUAAUUAAAAAUGCAUUUUCAACCGAA